AUGGCACGCAAACGCAAAGCAGAUCCCGUCAAGAUCGAGCUCAAGCAGCCAGAUCGCUCCGGUCCAUCCGACAAGACGCUCCUCGACAUCGCCAGCGAGCGUAACCUCUUCAGGCAGGCAGACGAAAAGCAAAGGGAGAACGACCUUAAAAAGUACGGAUGGUCGGCCACGGCCGCUCCCGAUAUCAAGGAAGGAGAUGAGGCCGAAAGCCUAUCUCCUCUGGCAGAACGUAUCCUGGAUACCCUUUUGUGGAGUGUGAGCCUGGCCAUGCUGCACUUCACUUUUGAUGUUUUGGUCCAAAAUCAGUUCGCCGUGGAGAUUGUGUGGCCCAAGGUGUUCACACGUGGCUUUCAAGCUCUCCUUGUCUUCGGCUUCCUAUUCUACAACCUCCACGCACACGUCUCGAACCCCAUUCUAGUACCAUUCGUCCCCAGGCAAUAUCAAAAUGGAAUCCGGCAAGCCAUCUUCUUUGCCGCUAGCACGGCCGCUGGUUGCUACCUCAUCCACGUCACCAACGAACAUGCCUAUCUCGCCGUCAUGAAGACGGCACCUUCGAUCGGCUGUAUUUGGGUAUGGGCUGUGCUCGAGCUCAACCUUUCGUUAUCGUUGCUCAGUCUUGCCAUCACAUAUGUCUUUUUCAAGCAGGGCGGAUACAGUCUCACAUGA